AUGGCAAAUUCAUUUGGUGUAAAAUCCGACUAUUUACAAGGCGUUGAUUGUUUAAAUUUAAGUUCUCGUAUGGUUGAAAAUAAAACUGAAACUCUCAAUUCAUCUAUUGUUCGGGAGUUUACCGAGCAGCAUAUGAGUGGCUUUUGGAAAGAUGUCGAUUGUAAAUAUGAGAAUGUGCCUAAAUGUCCUAGAAAUUUCACUAGUGAAUGUCUUCACGAGUUAUUGGGUUCGGUAACGAAUCUUCAUGUUCAUAUUGAUUCUGAUCAAGCUCUCUACUAUUCAUAUGAAUUUAUUCGACAAUUGAAAUAUGAAGAUCCAAAUCUCAAUGUUGAAAUUUCUCUUGAUAAAAAAAUAUCCGACAAACCAUUCAUAGGAAUUAUGUGUCUUAUCUUCGAAUGUAACCAACACUAUGUUUUGGUAUAUUCUAAACUAGAAGGUUUUUUAUCAUACGUAUCAGCAUGCAAAUCAAUUGAAGAAAUUACAGUAAGAGUGGAAUCAUCUGUUGCAUUUGAGUAUGCAAUCAGUCAGGGACGACCUGUUCAGUGGCAUCAAAAUCUAUCAUUUGUAUACAUGACUGCAUAUCAAGAUUUGUCAAUUAGAGAAGUGCAAGACAAUUUAUUAAAGCUAAAUUUACAAGAUUUGAAUUUCAUAACAAAAAGCUUGUUAGCGCAGCCCCUUUGGGACUAA